AUGUCACUAUUACAUUUCUGGUCGUCGCUUUAUCAUUCAUAUCGACCACAAGCCACUUCUUGCUCUAUUCAACCCGAAAAAUGGCAUCCCGUUGUUCACAGCGGCUCGCCUGCAACCUUUGAAUAUGCCGAUAUUAUUUCUCGACUAAUCGCCAACCAUGUAAAAUCUGAUGAAGAUACCGUCAUAGCAUCUAUUCAAUUAGAAGAAGACGAGGACCUGAAAAUCAAUUGUUUUGCGGUAGAAACAGCCACCAAACUUCCAAUCACUUUCACUAAUAUUCAAACAGCAACCAAAGCCUGCCAUACUCUCAAUAAGGUCACGUUCUACAUCCAAAAUGACUGCUGGUCUCAAAAGAAAAAACAAAUCACAGAUAAUGAAGUAGCGGCAUUUUUUCAGCAUCGACAUCAUCUUACGAUAAAACAACAGAGUAUUUUCUUUGGUGAGAGAAUAGUUAUUCCCAAAAUUUACCACCAGCAAGUCUUUGAAGAUCUCCAUAAUGGACAUCCAGGUGAGUGUCGUAUGAAACUUCUUGCUGCUACCAAAGUUUUUUGGCCAAACAUUAAUCUUGAUAUCGAUCAUUUGGUCAAAACUUGUGACACAUGUGCUACAGCCUCAAAAAGUCCAAUGAAAUGUACUCCUCAACAGUGGAAAAUUAUUUCUGCACCAUGGAAACGAAUUCAUAUUGACUACGCUGGUCCAAUCGAUGGCAAUUACAUCCUUGUUAUCAUAAACGCUUUUAGCAAAUGGCCAGAAAUAUUCAAAACUUCAACUACUACUGCAGCUAAAACUAUUGAGUUCAUUGAGAAAGCUUUUGCGCAGCACGGCCUUUGUGACACGAUUGUUAGUGAUAAUGCUCCGCAAUUCAUCUCGCAGAAAUUCAAAAAUUUUUGCGACUUCCAAGGAAUUAAUUACAUAUCUACAGCUCCAUACAGUCCACAAUCAAAUGGCCAAGCAGAACGGUUCGUUGGCCUACUCAAAUCAUGA